CCAAAGCGAAGACAAAAUGACUUCGCUCCAAGUCCUUCAAGCAACCCCACCCCACCUAAGCUCGCCCAAGACCCAGAUUUCACCAUUACGUGGCAUCGAAUCAUGUUCAACCAUGGCCGAGCUCAAGCAGUUGCACUCCCAAGUCAUCAGGCUAGGCCUCGCAGCCGACAACGAUGCCAUGGGUCGUGUCAUCAAGUUCUGUGCCCUCUCCAAGAAUGGCGAUUUGGGUUAUGCUCUCCAAGUGUUCGACACAAUGCUCCACCCGGAUGCAUUCAUUUACAACACCGUAAUGAGAGGCUACUUGCUAUGCCAUUUACCGAGAAAUUGCAUUGUUUUGUACUCACAGAUGUUGCAAGACUCUGUCACUCCCAAUAAGUACACGUUCCCUUCUGUUAUACGAGCUUGUUGCAAUGAUGAUGCUAUUGGAGAAGGGAAACAAGUCCAUGCCCAUGUUGUGAAACUGGGGUAUGGAGCUGAUGGGUUUUGUCAGAAUAAUUUGAUUCACAUGUAUGUGAAGUUUCAGUCUUUGGAAGAAGCUAGAAGGGUCUUCGACAAGAUGCUCCGGAUGGAUGCUGUGUCUUGGACGACAUUGAUUACUGGGUACUCGCAGUGUGGUUUUGUUGAUGAGGCCUUUGAACUUUUUGAGUUGAUGCCUGAGAAGAACUCUGUUUCUUGGAAUGCCAUGAUUUCCUCGUAUGUCCAGAGUGAUCGUUUUCAUGAGGCAUUUGCUUUGUUCCAAAAGAUGCGAGUGGAAAAGGUGGAAUUGGAUAAAUUCAUGGCGGCUAGUAUGUUAUCGGCUUGUACAGGUUUAGGUGCUCUAGAACAAGGGAAGUGGAUUCAUGGAUAUAUUGAGAAAAGUGGCAUUGAAUUGGACUCAAAACUUGCAACAACAAUCAUCGACAUGUAUUGCAAAUGUGGUUGCUUGGAGAAGGCUUUUGAAGUUUUUAAUGGUUUGCCCCAUAAAGGGAUUUCUUCAUGGAAUUGCAUGAUUGGAGGGCUAGCAAUGCAUGGGAAGGGAGAGGCUGCCAUUGAGCUUUUUGAGAAGAUGCAAAGGGACAUGGUAGCUCCUGAUAACAUUACUUUCGUUAAUGUCCUUAGUGCAUGUGCUCAUUCAGGGUUAGUUGAAGAGGGGCAACGGUACUUCCAGUCCAUGGUUGAAGUCCAUGGUAUUGAGCCCAGAAAAGAGCAUUUUGGCUGCAUGGUUGAUCUUCUUGGAAGAGCUGGGAUGCUUGAGGAAGCAAGAAAGCUAAUAAGUGAGAUGCCAAUGAGGCCCGAUGUAGGCGUAUUGGGUGCUCUACUCGGAGCUUGUAAGAUCCAUGGAAAUGUUGAACUGGGAGAACACAUAGGAAGGAGAGUAAUUGAACUGGAGCCAGAAAAUAGUGGUCGCUAUGUGUUAUUAGCCAAUCUAUAUGCCAAUGCCGGCAGAUGGGAAGAUGUUGCUAAUGUGAGGAGGUUAAUGAAUGACAGGGGAGUGAAGAAGGUUCCUGGAUUUUCCAUGAUUGAACUGGAAGGUGUUGUCAAUGAAUUUAUUGCAGGGGGAGGGGCUCAUCCUCAGACAAAAGAGAUAUAUGCCAAGGUUGAUGAGAUGCUGAAAUGUAUAAGAUCUGCAGGCUAUGUUCCUGACACAGAGGGAGUGUUGCAUGAUCUUGAUGAGGAGGAAAAGGAGAAUCCUCUAUACUACCACAGUGAGAAACUUGCAAUUGCCUUUGGCCUACUGAAGACUAAACCUGGGGAAACUCUUCGUAUAUCGAAGAACUUGCGAGUCUGUAAAGACUGCCACCAAGCAAGCAAGCUCAUCUCCAAGGUUUUCGAUCGGGAAAUAAUCGUGAGGGAUCGAAAUCGUUUUCACCAUUUUAUAAGGGGAGAGUGUUCUUGUAAAGAUUAUUGGUAAUGCUUUGUGGUGGUCAGCUGUAGAGAUUGUCUUAACAAAAGAAAUACAUCUUACUUAAGAUAUGCUGUAAGCAAGAUAGGUUCAUCCAAAUACUGAAAUUCAUUUGGUUGUGUUAUUAUUUUGAUCAAAUUUGUGGUUUUCUA